AGCAGGAUUGUAGUGUGGAGGGAAGUAGAAGUUGGUAUCGAGCAUGAGCCCUUAGAUCUGUGAUCCCUUCACGAACAAAAGAAAGAAAGAAAGAAAGAGGAAGGAAGGAAUGAUACCUUUUUAAAGGAUUUCAAAAGAGUUUUCCAGUAAGUGCAGGCAUUCUUGGAAAGGGCUGCUCUGCUGAGUAUGAUUGGUCCCCUGGGGUUCCGUUCAGUGAGGUCAUCAGUGAGGUCAUCAUCUGAAUCAUCUCCUGAGUGACUUUACUGCCAUCUGCUUCAUACGACCACACACACACACACACACACACACACACACACACACACACACACACACACACACACACACACACACACACACGUACACACACACACACGUACACCACACACACACACACACACCAUACACAUGCGGCUAGGGAAAUUGUGUUGCAGCAUUUUCUUCCGGACUUUAGACGGAGAGAGCGGAGGAAAGAGAGGGAGCUGACUCCAGUUGUAGGGUUUAGUAUAGUGUCGGGUUGCCAGGCUGGGUGAUGCUGUGGUCAGCUGCAGUGGAGAACAGGACAUUGAGCUGGUGUCUCUUGUGGUCUGUUAUAAGCAUUAUAUUCAAGUCUGACUGACUGACAGACAGAGAGGGACAGAGUGCUGGACAGUUGGGUCAAGAAAGCCUUUUGAUAUUUAAUCUCUGGACAAUACCUGUUCCCUUCCACCCUGGGUGCUGCACCCCCCACCCCUCCCCCCUCACAUCUCUGAUGGACCAGAGAGCGAAGGGGGGCCCAUCUCUACCUCCACCAUCCUCAUCGCCUCUCCUCCCCACAGCCCCACCACAGCAGUACCCAGAGAAAGAGGCAGGCGGUGGGACGAGGAAGAGGAUAGAGAAGGAAGGAGGUGGUGCAGUACUGGAGGUGCUCAUUGAGGGGUGCUGUGGUGCUGCAGGGCAGAGACAGCUCCCAUUCCCAGGCAGAGAGAGGAGCUGCACUGAGGGCAAUGUGAGGCUGAGGAUCGGAGUCCAAACGGCCAAACGCACCAAGAAACCUCCCAGGACCCUGGAGGGCUACGAGUGUAAACCCACCAUCAGGACGUACCAGAGGCCUGGGAGGGGGGCAGCAGGGAGGGGGGUCAGGAGGGAGGGCGGAGUGGGCAGGGGAACCGUCCUCAGGAGGAGGGGGACGGAGAGCAGAACCAGGGGUCAGACCCCAGCACCACCCAGACCAGGAAGAUACACUCCUCCUCGCCUUCGUCUUCAUCAUCAUCAUCAUCAUCAUCAGCCCCUACAACCACCCCUCCCAGCCCAGCCAACCCUCAGACUGCGCCAGCCAAACAGCAGGUCCCUGUGAACCUGGGCUAUAAGAAGUCAGACACCCUAACGGAGAAACCAUGGCACCCUGACCCACCUGAUGCCCACAGCCAACUACCUUCACCUGCCCAAAUGGACCAGGCAAUCGCCUCUGACCCCACAGCUUCAUCCCCCCAUUCCCCCCCUCCCUCAUCACCCCAUUCCCCCUUGGUAAAGGACCCUAGCGGUGAGGCAGGUGUUAAGGGUGAGGGAGGUAUGCUGAAUGGGGGAGUACCUAAAGUCACCUGCCAUCCUACCAGACUCACAAAGGUCAAAGGUCGCAAACAGAACUGUUCUUCCUCAGCCGCCCCCACUAACGUGAACUCAGCCUCCAGCCCCCAUCAGGCUGACCUUGCAGCCCAGGACAGGACUACAGGCUUCAGCUGCCCUCCUACACCACCCCCAUCCACACCCCUACUUCCAGACCAGAGAGGAGCCCCAGUGGCUUAUGGGAGACUGAGUCCUGCUGCCUCCCUCACCAGCCUGAGCAGGGGACCAUUACUACCAUCUUCUGUGGGAAAUGGGAGAGGGAAGGAGGAGAAAGCCAAGAAGAAGAAAGAGAAAGAUGACAAAGCGAGGGGUGAGAAAGGGAAGGGUAAGAGAGGGGAGAAGGGGAGAGGGAAGGAGGACAGAGGGAGGAAUGAGAGUCCAAAGAUGGACAGAGAUGAGAAGGGGAAGGAGGGAACUGGGAUGGAUGAGAGCAGGAGGGAUAUGACGGGGAAGGAGGAGAGAAAUGGGGACGAGGACAAGGAAAGAGAGAAGCCCAGAGACUUGAGGAUGAAUAAAUCGCCCUCUUCUACAAAGAGUCAGAUGUCUGAGGUUCAGAGCAGGAAGACAGGUACACCCAGCCCAGACCUGACCAGCAGAACAGGGGAAUCAGAUGAUACUGGUGCCCCCUCAAGACCCACCGUCUCUCCCUCCAACCCAUCCACUGCCUCCUCUCCCCUCACUUCCCUUCCUCCUCCCUCUCUCUCUCUCCACUCUUCCUCUCCUCCUACCUCCCCCCGAGAGCAGGACAGCCGUCCACUGAAGAAGCGUAAAACCCGACGGCCAAGCUGGACCAGGCUGGUGAACCGGGCACAGAGACUGGCAGAGAACCCAGAUGGCCGCCAAGAUGUCCCCUUAGUUGCCCCACAGACCCCCACUACCCCCCAGACACCCGCAACUACUAACUCACCCAACCUUCGGUCAGCUGAGUCAUGCCUAGCCCCUCCGUUCCCCCACCCUCCAGUCUGUCCUCCCUCUCCCCUUCUACCUCCACCCCUGUGAGACCCAGACCAGCAGGACGACCCCCAUCCCCUACCCAGUCUCACCUGUUGACCUCUGACCCUAGCCCUUCACCUGGACCUGACCGUCCUGUCUCUCAAGCCAGAAAAAGGGGUCGCCCCAAAUCCCAAACCUGGAGCUUGGACGAACCCCAACCCAGACACUCCCCUAAACCUACCCAAGCUGAGAUGCUCCCUCAUGGGCAUGAUGAGACUCCGGACCCCCAUGUGCUCAACCCAGUGCUGGAUCACAGGCCCACCCUCACCAGUCCCUCUUGCCCCAACCCCACGCCCAGGAAACGAGGUCGCCCCAAACGGCUGCCACCCUCCCCCCUCCUCCCCAAACAGACUCUCCAGGACCAGAACAGGGGUACACUGACCCCCUCUGGAGGUGAGGAGGGGGGUAAAGACUUCCCCUCUGAAAAGGGGAACAGGAAGCUGAGGAUGAGGAUGAGGAGCAUCAUAGGAGAGAUGAAGAGGAGGAAGAAGAGGAGGCUACUUAGGGAAAUGCUUUCUGGGUGUGGAGGGGGGAAGGAGGGGAGAGGAAGAGAGGGAGGUAGAGAGAACUCUCGUGGGUGUGCAGGAGGGGUGUGUGGGUCGCCCACAGCACCCUCCCUGUCCUCCUCCUUUGGGGGUAAACUAGGUCCCCAGAUCAACGUGAGUAAGACGGGGACCAUCUACAUGGGGAAGAGGAGAGGACGCAAACCCAAAGCUCCAGCUAACUCUAACCCUGCCUCUCAGUCCACACUGUUCACCAGUCUCUCUAGUUCCUCUCUCUUCUCCUCUCCCCAGCCCCAUCCUUCCCUCUCUCACCCAUUCCCCUCCCCAUCUCUCACCCACUCCAGUGGAGCCCAGAGCCCUUACAGUGAUGGAGGCUGCACAGAACCUGCUCCCUCCCUCUUCCUCCCCCACACCUUCUCCCUCCCCUCACCCUCCUCCUCCUGCGCAUCGCCACGUCCUCUCUCCUCCUCCUUCUCCUCCUGCUCAUCCCUCUCUCCCUCCCUAAAGAGGAGUUCUCCAGGUCAGGGACGACAUCCCCUCUUCCACCAUCCCUCCAGCAGACUCUCUUCUCCUCCUCUUCCUCACCCUCUUUACUCCCAUCUGCCGGUCUUCCCCACACACCUGAAAGAGGCCACACCCUCACAUAUCAGGAAAUCACACAGCAAGGAGAUGUUGCCUAGUGAUAGUGUGAUUGGAAUGGACCACAACACUAUCUCAGAGCGGGGGGAGAGGAGGGGCCGAGGGAGAGGGGGGGUAACCAUGGGAAUGACCUCAGAUGUCACCCGGUCAGUGUUCCGGACAGGUUUAGGGGUCAACCUGAAGGGUCAGAGACAACCCUCACCCUCCAUGUUACUAGAACACCUCCCCCCUGUACCCUCACCCAUCAGAGUGUCAGCCUCACCCCCCUCUCCCCCCUCUGCCUCCCCCAGACACACGCCUCCUUCUGACUUAGUGGAACCCAGAGACAGACACAGGCACAGGCGGAGGGGGUACGAAUGUCCCUAUACCUGCCCCCCCUGCCCCUGCCUAGGGCACAACACACACAAGAAACACAAACACAAGAGGAAGUACCAGCACCUGCUCAUGCACGCGCACGACCCAGACUUCCUCUCUGAACUGGAUGAUCUCAUUGGGCAGUUCAGCGAAGUCCGCAUCGGGCGCCACCGUGAUUGGGCCAGAGCUGGAUUGGGGCAGGAUCUCGAUGAGAGUGGGGAGAAAAGACGCCACUCUUCCUUAUUGUCAUCGCAAAAUUUCCGCUCAAACGUUUACAGAAUCAACUUGAGUGGAUACUACUCACCUCACCCCCUGUCUUACCCCCCUCACCCCUCCUUCUCCCCGCUCCACCCCCACCCCUGCCACGGCCUGCCUUAUGGCAGCAGAAAGCCAGAGCUGAGGUUGAGGUGUGGCUGUCCCACCAAGCCCUGUGAGUCCUUAGACCAGGGUGACUGUGGCCAGGGGCGGAGGUGUGCCUUACAGGGUAUCACAGGGCACCUCCACCCCUCCUCUCUCAGUACCCCCCUGGCCUCCUCCACCACCUCUUCCACCACCCCAAUGCCUCUGGGUUUUGGCUACUACAGAGGCUAUCCUCUGACCAUGGCCCAUUACCCAAAUCCCCACCCCUCCUUUCCCCUGCCUCCCCCUCGCCCCUACGCCCCCCACCUUCACCCCCCUCACCUCCUCCUCAACCCAGCCAGGUUCCACAGGAGGAGGAGCAGGCAGCUGAGGGAGGCUGGGUUGGGUGGAGGUGGAGGUGAGGACAUGGGGGUUAUGGGUGAGGGAAAGAGGGCUGGGGUCCGUUCCUGUCCAGCAGGGUCCGUCCCUGGUCGGUCCUGUGUCUGUGGGGGGAGUGAACACAAGCUCAGACACAAACAUCGUCACAGACAGCGUGAUCGUGACGGAAAGGAAGAAGAGGAUGAGAGAGUUGCCGGGUCACAGCUAAGGUCAGAGUUCACCACAGGGUCAGGAGGAAGUAGAAAGACUGGAGGACAAGGGAGUGCUGGGUUGAUGGAGUCUCCACUGCAACAUAGGCACGGCAAAUACCCCUCUUCUUUCUUCUCUGCUUCUGCUAAACCAGCCUCUUCAUCAUCAUCAUCAGAGAGGCUCAAACACACACCCCUCACCUGUCUAGGCUCCUCUCACCUGUCCUCUUUCGGGGAGGGCUGGGGGGUUCGGCAGAACCCCUGGCUGAGGAGAGGGGGGCUGGGGGCAGGAUUCAGACCCCUCGAUCCCACCUGGGGUACACUGACAGAAGAGCAGAGGACAGCCGCUGUGGGGGGGUCAGAGAGAGAGGCGGGGGAGAGACACACACCCUGUCACAGCACCUUCACCCCCCCGACACACACCAACCUCUUCACCUCCUCUGCCACCAGUGGGAGGGGCAAGAGGAGUGGAAGACACAAUUGGAGACCAGGGAGUCAAGACGGGUCAUUGAGGAGUGAGGAGCCAUCACAGACAGAGAGAAGAGGCACAGACCCACACUAUGACCUGAGCAGAAGGCAACUGAAGUGGCUGAGAAGUGGUCAACGUUUUGGGGCUAAGAGAGGGCCUGGACGACCCAGGAAGAACCCUCUAGCCUCCCCUUUGCUCUCCCCCUUCCUCUCGCCUACAAGCCUACCAAACCCUCCAACUGAGACAGACGUCCAGAACAGAGACAGAAACAGAGGAAGAGGAGGAGGAGAUUCAGUACAAGAGGUUAUUGAAGCUGUGAUUCACAGCCAGAGGAGGAGAAGACGGAAGAGGAGGCACAUUGAGAAAGAGGAGGUCGAGCAUCCAUCCUGUCUCCAAAGUUCUGGUGAGCCAGUCACCCACUCCCCCUCCAUAUGCACAGGCCAAUCAGAGCUAACCCAAACUCCAUCCCUCACCCCGGCCAGCCAAUCAGAUAAGGGAGCUGACCAGCUGCCGAGGAAGAGGUUUCAAAGGGCGGGGCUCUACUCAGAUGACUACAAAACUACAGAUCCCUCCUCUCAGAACCAGCUGAACAGAGAGAGACUGGAAUAUACACCAGGAGAACAAGACUACAGCCUCCUGCCUGCUCCCAUACAUGUUGGGAAGUACUUAAGAAUGAGACGUAUUGACUUUCAGUUGCCCUUUGACGUCAUGUGGCUCUUCAGGCACAACCAGCUCCACAAAGAGCCAGAUGUUCCUCUGACCAGAGAGAUCUCAUCCUACCAACCAAAAGAGAAGAGCCUGUCCAGUCACCAGACAGGGGUGUCCCUCCCUCCCUCUCCCCAGGAGGAGUGUUCCAGUCCCAGUAGGAAGCUGUUUCCCUACCUGGACAUGGAGCCUAUGACCACCAGUGACAGGGUGUUCGUCCUGAAGCACCGCGUGUUCCUUUUGAGGAACUGGGAGAGGGUCAGAGACAGACAGAUACGCCUGAGGAGGGGGAGAGAGGGGGAACGAGAGAAAGAUGAAGUUUCCAGCUAUGUAGCUACUGGGGACAACAACAGCCACAUCAUGUCAGGUCGACAAAUGGCGGUGAAGAAGAAGGUUGUGUGGACUAGUGAGCUCCUUCCUGAUCCCCAGUGCCCCCAUAACCCCCUCAGCACCACGCCCCAUCUCACUGAGAACAGACAACAGGAGAAAAAACAGGUGGAGGAGGAAGAGGAGGGCUGGAGGGAGGUCCGGAAGGAGCGACUGAACAACAUACUCCUGAAGCUGCGGCAGACAUGAUUGGUGAGAGAGGACAAGGAAGGAAGGAGGGGGGAAUCUCAGCUUAGUCUCUCUUCUUCCAAGUAGCUCAGUUCAGCUAACUUUGCACUAGUGUUGGGGGGAAAACGCUUCCCUGAAAUGAUUUGUUAUAAAGAUGAUUUUGGGCUUUGUUUCUGAGAGGAAUGAGGGUGUAGUUGUUUACUGUACCAUUGAGAAUGACUGACAGACGGUCAGCAGACCAGUGACAGUCUGAUUUAAUAGUCAGAGAGGGCGGAAGGGAUGGAUGGAGACCAUAGAGUCUUAAGGCUGGAUUAAAUUCGUAUUGUGGAAGAUCUGCGUUGUAGCUCGAUUUAAAUGUAAAGGAAAUGUUCCCGUGUUCUCGCAGACUACAUUCACGGUAAAUGCUGCAUGUCGGCUCAAUCUGAAAUUACCAUGACAAUAACAUUUUUUACCCCCUUUUUUGUGAUAUCCAAUUACGAUCUUGUCUCAUCGCUGUAACUACCCAAUGGGCUCGGACAGGCAAAGGUCGAGUCAUGCGUCCUCCAAAGCGUGAUCCAAGCCACGCUUCUUAACACCUGCUUGCUUAACCCGGAAUGUAUUGGAGGAAACACCAGCCAACUGACGAAGGUCAGCUUGCAGGUGCCUGGCCUGCCACAAGGUGACGCUAGAGCGCGAUGAGCCAAGUAAAGGCCCCCCUGGGCCAAACCUUCCACCAACCUGGACAACCCUGUUGUUUGCCGCCCUAUGGAACCCCAGGCUGUAGUGACACCGCAACACUGUGAUGCAGUGCCAUAGACCGCAGCACCACUUGGGAGGUCUACCUCUACAUUUUUAUGCAGAUCUUCUGCGAUACUUCCGCAAUACACAGCCUUUAGGAUUUGAUUCAAUCACUGUUGCUGAAGUACGGCGCUAUAGCGUGAUUCAAGUGUAAAGGUCAUUUCCAAUGGAGCCGACAUGCAGUUUUUAUGUGAAUUCAGUCUCUGCUAACGCGGGAACAUUGCCUUUAAUGUUCUCUUCAGCUCUACGUAUUGAAUCGGGCCUUUUAAUGUUCUCUUCAGCUCUACGUAUUGAAUCGGGCCUUUAAAGUUCUCUUCAGCUCUACGUAUUGAAUCUUUAAUGUAAAAGUGCCAUGUUGUAAAUAAACUGACGCCUAAGUGAGUUCAAUCUCCAAAAGCAAUACGUCCUGUAAGGAUUUCAGUACAAUAACUUUAAUAUCACUACCAGUACCAGCUAGAGACCCUUCUAUGUAUCAAACCAAGUAGUUUUUAUUGCCUUAGUGAAUAUGAUCAUUUCAAGAUCGUUAUAUUGUACCAAUGAUAAUGCAGUAACAUUGACCUAAGUAAUGUAAUGAAACAGUUUCAUAAUUGAUAGAUAAUAACUAAGCGUUAAAGUUAAGUCAAAGGCCUUCAUUUUGCUACAUAGUGUUAAACAUGACUAUGUUAAAUAUUGCUGAUUGUAUAUGACUUUUCUUCACCUGUAUACUUUUUCUGACCGAUGGAAUGUUCUUUUUUAUUUGGUCAGACAAUCAGGAAAAUGAAUUGAAUCUGAGAUUUGUAACCGUUCAUUUGUACAGUUCUCUUUGGUGCAGUUUCUAGUUUGACUUUGAACACUAAGUUGAAUGUUUUAUAGUUGACCUGUGUAUUUGCCUCAUCAAUAUAGUGAAGGGUUAUUUAUGUAGUUUGCAUGAAAUGUAACUUGGGGCUGGAUUCAAUCCGUAUCGCGGAAGAUCACAUUAAAGUGUAGAGGUCAUUUAUCGUGAAUGCAGUCUCCAUGAACAUUGCCUUUACAUGGAGCUAUAACGCAGAUCUCCCAUGAUACUUCUGCGAUGCAGUGAGAAUCCAGCCCUUUGUUGUACAAUUUAAAUUGCUGCUUAUAACCUGUCUUUGGAGAAAAUACCACAGAGUUCAUCUGACAGAAUGUCAUUUCAAACAUUGACCUUAUUAUCAUAAAUAAAAUAUCAAUAACAAUAAAAUGGCAUUUUUGUUUACAAAG